AUGCCAUCGUCAGAUACUAUGAAGGGAAUUUGGGAUCAUAUCUCGGCGCGAGGAGUAAAGUCUAUACUGGGUGAACGCGCAGAGAAGGUAGUCAAGUUGAAAUAUUCAAACGGCAAGGCCACAGGUGUCACUACAGCUGUUGGACGAACCCAUAAUGCUGCUUUGAUUAUAUCCGCGCUUGAUGCUGCCGGUGCAGCAGUACUUCCACAGAUCGGUACGUCUUCUGCUGCUCGUUCUUGGCCUGUGGCCCAUAUAAAGCCCACGGAAGACGAAUGCAAUCUCUUGCGAGGUAUUCCGACGACAAAUAUCCGUGACCUGGGCUUUCUCUUCGAACCAUAUCCGAAGACAAAGCUCUUCAAGCCUUGUCCGCUUGGAAUAGGGUUUCACACUUUCCAGGAUUUCAUUCCGAAAGACGAUGAGCAGAAGCUCAGGCAGUUAUUACGGGAGACUUCUCCGUGGAUGGCUGAUCGGCCUUUCGUUGAUAAAAAAAAGCUGUGUUGGUUCUCAGACAGCCCGGACUCCAAUUGCUGCCUUGAUUUCGUGCCCGAUACAAAGAACUCGGCCAUUUUCCUGAGCGGAGAUUCGUGA